AUGGGUGAGCUUGUUCUUCGACGUGCCGCAGUGUUUGUUCCCAAGUAUAACGUCGCUUCGGAGGAAAAUCUGGUACGCCUACAACAGUUUAUCGAUAGAUCUCGAAAAUUACUAGUCGUGACUGGGGCAGGAGUCAGCACCGAAUCUGGUAUCCCGGAUUACCGUUCAGCGGAUGUCGGUCUCUAUGCAACGAGCAGCAGCAGACCGAUGAUAUACUCGGACUUUUUGGGGAGUGCAGAACGAAGACAGCGUUACUGGGCUAGAAAUUAUAUUGGACAUUCAAGAUUCAGUUCUGUAAAACCGAAUUUCACGCAUCGAUUCUUUGCAGACUUUGAGAAGACAGACAGGCUACUGUGGCUGAUUACACAGAAUGUCGACAAUCUACAUAUAUCUGCUGGAUCGCAGAGAGUAACAGAACUGCAUGGGAAUGCACACCGAGUUGUUUGUCUGGAGUGUAAGACUGCCACGAGUCGACGAGAACUACAAGCUCAAAUGUUGAACUUGAAUCCGAAUUUUGUCGCCGAUGUAAAGGGAAUUGCACCUGAUGGAGAUGCGUUUAUAAACGAAGAUGCAGUGAAGACAUUUCUUGUUCCAUCUUGCGUGCAUUGUGGUGGAAUAUUAAAACCGGACGUCAUUUUCUUUGGUGACAAUGUUGCUAAACGUGUAGUCGAAUUUUUAUAUAGGAAAACAGACGAAUGUGAUGCAGUGUUGGUAGCCGGCUCAUCCUUGGAGGUCUACUCUUCUUAUAGAUUUAUCAGCAGGGCUAACAAACAAGGAAAACCACUGGCUAUUGUAAAUAUUGGCAAGACGAGAGCCGAUGACGUGGCCAACUUGAAGGUCGAAUCUCACUGCAGUGAAGUAUUCAGAACGAUUCGAAUCGUGUGAUGAAUGUCAUUGUCGAACGUCAA